AUGUCGCACAGUCCUAUCAACGAUGCUAGAUGGCAGGAUAUGUACGGGCUUACGCCCUCACGCCCAGCCCCUGGUCCUCCGCCCGUCGGCACACGUGCUGGCUCGGAUCUGUACGACCACAGCCUGACAAAUUCGUCUAGCUCUGCGAUUUCAAUGACGCCACCACUCACAAACAUAUCGCCGACAACAAGCCAGAGCAGCGGUCUUACAACAGCACCAGGGUCGACACCGAAAAGCUCUGCGUCCGUCGUCCGUAAAGGAUAUGUCAGCGUAAAGGAAGAUGGACUGCGUUCCUGGAUUUGGAGUAAGAAAUGGCUUGUGUUGCGCGAGUCAACGCUUCUCUUUCACAAGAAUGAAUCUACGGUGCAGGCAACAAAUAUUGUACUUUUGCGUGACGUACGCAACAUAAGCCGUACGGACUUGAAGCCGUACUGCAUUGAAAUCGAGACGAAAGACAAGACGUUUUUCUUGCAGGUCAAGAGCGACGAAGAAUUGUAUGGAUGGAUGGACGAUAUUUAUAACCGCUCGCCGCUUGGCGCAUCAUCGCCUACCAACUUUGUCCACCAGGUUCACGUCGGUUUUGAUCCUGUGAGUGGCUCAUUCACUGGUCUUCCUGACCAGUGGAUGCGUCUACUGACCCAAUCGGCCAUAACCAAAGAAGAUUAUGCAAAGAACCCGCAGGCGGUAUUGGAUGUUCUUGAAUUUUAUACAGAUAUUCACAACAAGCGCUCGCGCGAUGAUUUCGGACUCGGUUCUCCCACGAUGAACUUACAUGCGGGCAGCUCCGGCAGACAAGCCGUUGACAUGUUCAAACGUGCCGAGCCUGUGAUUUCAUCUUCCCAGUUGCCCCCUGUGGAUUCUCGUCGUGCGACGCCGCUUCCUCCGCGUGGUAAACCCAAGCAGAGCCCACUUCCCGCUGUGCCGCGUGAAGAUAACAUGGCCACUCCUUCACCCACUGGCGAUUUGAGUCUCUCGCUCUCUGAGAGCGACACAAGUGCCUUGUCUUUCAGGACGCAGCAAAUGCGUCUCUCCGAAGAGCAGCAGCGCCAGCAUAUUGAGCGGGAAGAACCGCGUGAAUAUCUUCGCCGUCAACAACAACAACAACAACAACUGCUUGAACAGCAAAAGUAUGCCGCUCUGACAGAGCGUCGAAAGUUGUCACAGCCAAGAACACUUCAGCCUCCGUACCUGCCAUACGAAUCACCAGCUGCGGUGCCGACCAGUAAUAUUCCUUCCAUGGCGCCGACCACAUCUUCAACAAGUAGCACACCCAACUCGCGGCCCAACAGCAAGCCGACCAGGUUCAUGCCUACUCAGACUCAGGACAUGCCGUCACUUCCCACCACAAAUUUGGGCAUGGUUGCGCCACCCCUAACCAGUGCUGACAUGUAUCAAGCUCACGAGUCGCCUGGAACAACGUCAUCUUCUUUGCCUUCGCCGGCUCAAGUGCAUUCACGUUCUCAGCCACAGGUCCAGCCACAACCAGCGCAUUCACAUUCACCUUCACCCUCACCUUCACAAGCACAGACACGGCCCAUGCCAUCGACGAGUCCGAUGCAAGGCACAACCACUUCGAAUGCCCCCACACAUCAUCCACCAUCUAACACCGGUAGUGGUGCCACGACGGCCCCAACUGUGCCUCAACGAAGGCCAGAAGGCCAAAAACGCUCGAGUGCCAUGAGCGAUGCACAGAUCAUGGAAAAACUUCGCGCCGUUGUGAGCCGCAAUGAUCCGAAUACAAUGUAUCGCAAGGUGAAAAAGAUCGGACAGGGAGCUUCUGGGUCUGUUUAUGUGGCGAAAGCACUCGCAACAUCGCAGCUUGUGGCGAUCAAGGCGAUGGACCUGGCACAUCAGCCGCGCAAAGAGCUCAUUAUCAAUGAGAUUCUUGUGAUGAAAGAGUCACAACACCCCAAUAUUGUCAAUUUCCUCGAUGCUUACCUGCUACGUGAUCAUGACCUGUGGGUAGUGAUGGAAUUUAUGGAGGGCGGCGCCUUGACGGACGUCAUUGAUAACAACACGCUGGAUGAAACUCAGAUCGCUGCAAUCUGUCUGGAAACGUGCAAGGGAUUGGAGCAUCUGCAUAGACAUUCCAUUAUUCAUCGGGAUAUCAAGAGUGACAACAUCCUUUUGAACAACUAUGGGCAAGUGAAAAUUACAGACUUUGGCUUUUGUGCCAAACUGACGGACCAACGGAGCAAGCGAGCUACGAUGGUCGGUACACCGUAUUGGAUGGCGCCAGAAGUUGUGAAACAGAAAGAGUACGGCGCGAAGGUCGACAUUUGGUCACUGGGCAUCAUGGCUAUUGAAAUGAUUGAGAAUGAGCCGCCGUACUUGGAUGAAGAACCUCUCAAAGCGCUCUACAUGAUUGCGACAAAUGGCACACCCACGCUCAAGAAGCCUGAGAAUCUUAGUCGCGAGCUCAAAGGGUUCCUAGCUGUCUGUCUGUGUGCUGAUGUAAAGAGUCGUGCCACAGCCGACGAGCUCUUGCAGCAUGAGUUCCUGCACAAGGCUUGUCCAACCAGCGAACUGCCCAAACUCCUUGAGUUCCGCCACCAUGAGAAGUGA